CCCCUCCGAGCAGCAGUCAGUUACAUGUUUACUUGCUUUGUCAGCGGUGUCCCCGCCGCACAGAUCCCGUGUACCUCACCUGCUGAGGAUCAAAACCUUGGACUUUUACCUCGCACAGUGACUUAUCUCGUCAUCUGGCUCCUUAUCAGCAGUUUCCUCUCCCGCAGCAGUUUUUCUUCGGCCAGCCUCUUGCGGACCUUGAGCGGGGGCACGUCGGGUUCACAGGGUUUUUUUUUUUUCUAGCUAACAGGGAAAGAUGACGUUAAAAUCCAAUAAAAACGAACCUGCUGUCAUACUGGAGUCUGUCAACAGCGUCCGGACAGCCCUCUCCGAUCUGUACCUGGAGCAGCUCCUUCAAAACAAACCAAAGUCUGACAAGGCAGCUAUGCAAACCUAUGAGAACAAGGGAGCUGAGGUCUACACCAAUGGCAGUGCUAAACACAUGAACGGCACAGAGAUGACCAAGAUGAGAGAAGUAGCGUUUGAAAAGAAUGCUUCAGAGCCAAUGGGCGUCACUCUGAAGCUCAACGACAAGCAAAGGUGCACUGUGGCCAGGAUAUUGCACGGGGGCAUGAUCCAUAGACAAGGGUCUUUACACGAAGGGGAUGAAAUAGCAGAAAUCAAUGGGAAGAGUGUAACAAACCAAACUGUAGACCAGCUACAAAAGAUUCUGAAAGAAACCAAUGGAGUAGUCACAAUGAAGAUCAUCCCCAAUCUGCAGAGUCGAUCCCAAGCCUGUGAGAUGUACAUGAGGGCCCAGUUUGACUAUGACCCCACCAAGGAUGACCUCAUCCCGUGCAAAGAGGCAGGUCUGAAGUUUCAGACCGGUGACAUCAUUCAGAUCAUCAACAAGCAGGAUCCCAACUGGUGGCAGGGCAGAGUGGAGAGCAACGCCGCUGACUUCGCUGGACUGAUACCCUCCCCAGAGCUCCAAGAAUGGAGGGUGGCGAGUAAAAGCAAGGCCAGAGAGGGCAGUCAGUCCUGCAGCCCGUUCGGAAAGAAGAAGAAGUGCAAAGACAAGUACCUGGCCAAACACAGCUCCAUUUUCGACCAGCUGGAUGUGAUUUCUUAUGAGGAAGUUGUUCAGCUCCCGGCUUUUAAGAGGAAAACACUUGUGCUCAUUGGUGCCCCUGGCGUAGGAAGGCGCCACAUCAAAAGCGCACUGCUGACCAAAUACCCAGAGAAAUUUUCCUACCCUGCACCACACACCACCAGACCCCAGCGCAAGGACGAGGAGAACGGACAGGAAUAUUAUUUCAUCUCCAAUGACGCCAUGACCAAGUGCAUCUCUGGGAAUGAGCUACUGGAGUACGGCAGCUUCCAGGGAAAUAUGUUUGGCACCAAAAUCGAGACCAUCCAGAAGAUCCACGAGCAGGGAAAGAUUGCUGUGCUGGACAUUGAACCACAGACCCUGAAAGUCUUGCGGACUGCUGAUUUUGCGCCUCUUGUGGUGUUCAUCGCUCCGACCAACACGGCUCCCCAGACGGAAAACCUGCAGAUGAUCCAGAAAGAGUCGGACGCCAUUCUGGCCACAUAUGGACACUUCUUUGACGUGGUUCUCGUCAACAACGACGUGGAUGAAAGUGUAAAAGGCGUGGAGGAGGCCAUGGAGCGUGCCACCUCCACCCCGCAGUGGGUGCCUGUAUCAUGGGUGUACUGACAGCUGUCCGGCAACAGCGCAACACCCUGCGGUUGAUAUAAAGCAGUGCAAUAUCACUCCUUACACGAAACCUCUCAGUUAGUGAUGUCCCACGUGUGUAUGGGUUUACUUUUUGGUUCAUGUUAAUCGUCAAUGAGAUUUUUUGCACAAAUGCAUCCAAAAAAAAGCAAUAUGUAGAAAGGCGUAUUUUAGAGAGUGGAGCUCACCAGGGAUGUUUUAUUGGGUUGUUUAGACGUUUGUGCUUCAGGCUUUUGAGGGGCUGAGGGAUAGUUUUGGUGCCGCACACCGUCGUGAUUGUUGGAACGUGAGAAAAUGCAAAAUAGGACCACAACUGUGAAUGAAAUCCUUACCUUUGAAUAACAGGAUUUUAUCAUGAAAAACAUUGAUUUUGGAUUCAUUGUCUUUGUUUUGUCUGUUCUCAUUAGGUUGUGCCAUGAAAUUGAGAUUCUGAAAUCGUGUGUUCACUAAGUGUAUGUGUAACUCCACACAGCGAUCAUGUCCUCCACACAAAACCUUUCAAUCAGUCAGUGACAGCCUCACUUGUCUCAUCUCAUCAAAGUUGUAUACCUCAUGGGAUACUGUAAAGGCACUUUUAAACAGAAAAUAAAUUUCCCUGCUCUGUU